AUGCUAAUUUUUAAACUUUCUUUCAUCCUGUUUUAGUUAUAAAAGAAAACGUAUCUACAACUGUCGCGCCAUUUUCAACAACAGCAAACCCUACAACAACAACAACAACUGAGUCGAUAACGACUGGAACAACAACAACCACAAACGAAUCAACGAGACCAACAACUGAAGUGACGACAACAGCAACAAUUGAACCAACCAUAACAACAACUGUGCCAACCGUAACAACAACUGUUCCAACGACAAUGACAACAACCACAACAAUGACAACAACGACAUCGACAGCAACAGCUAAGCCGACGACAACAACUACAACUACAGCAGAACCAACCACAACCACAUCAGCAACUACACCGACGACAACUACCACAAGUAUUAUAACUACAAAAGUAAAAACUACCACAAGACCGACAACAAGAACGACAACAAAAACAACAAAAAGUACAAAGAAACCAACGAAGACUAAAAAAACUACAGUUGCUACUACUACCAGAAAAAUAACCUCGCCCAUUUUGGUUUUAUCAACAACUGAAACUACAAAAACCACAAAACAAAGAAAGACGACAAAAAUAAAGACAAAAACAACAACUAUUAAAACAUCCAGUAUAACCAAACCAAAAACAACAAUUCGAACGACUUCCACGCCGGUUUCUAAAUUAAUAAAAUCAACAACAACAACAACAACCACAACAAAGCCAACAACAACAACAUCAACAACGACAACCACAGCAACACCCACUUCUACUGCAACAUCUACAACUUUUCGGACAGCUGCAUCAACCUCUACCACAACCGCAACUGACACUUCAACAGAAAGUUCAACAAUGCCUAUCACAACAACAUCCUCAACAAUAACAACACCAAAUGCGACUACACCUGUAACAGCAUCUCCUACAACAGUUUUUACAACACCAGAAAUAAGCACCGGAUGGUCAUCUACUGUCAUGACUUCACAGACACCAACAGAAACCGUAUCGGCAAUAACGGCCUUCCCAACAGACCAAACUAUAACAACUCCAUCAACUUAUUGCCCACCAGUAUGUCCAAAUAAUUGUCCACCACAGGGAUGCCCACAAAAUUGCUGCGUCGCAGAAGGCUCCAAUUAUCCAAAACAGUACGACAUUAACUUGAUGUCACAACCAACAUGUCCGCCCCCCUGUGUACAAAACUAUUCUCCAUGUAUGUCAGAAAAUUGUGACGAACAGUGUCCAGUCUCUUGCGCUAUCAACUGCGCUCCGUCAUGCAGAACAGAAUGUUGUGAAGAUACGUUUUACAAUUAACCUGCGCUAUACUAA